CCCUAACUCAUCAACUCAUUUCAUCAGAGAACUGGAGCGGUGGAGAUCUGCUUCAGAAACACGUAUGUAACAAGUGGACAUACGUGCUUCUCAGUGGUCAAAUAUUUCCAGAGAGAAGUGCCCAAAAGCCACGUCUCCCCUGUCAGUCUUUUCCUUCAGUGCUUGGUGGCAGUUACUCCUCUCUCCCUCUUCUUUCCUUUUCACACAUGCCCCACUGUUGCCUUAUUGCCAAGUAGCUCGUGCUGCUGCUCAUCGUCAUCGUCGUCGUCGUCAUCAUCGUCAUCCGCUCUUCAAUCUUUUCUUGUUUGUUAGAAAGCCAAGGAAGGUGAAUGACAAGCUGGUUUGGAUGGAAGAAGAGCAAGAAGGGAGGAGGGAUGGGGGUGGAGAAGAAGGUGGUGCUUGAUGGGUCGGAGAUAAGGGAGUUGGUUGAGAAUAAGGAGGCUUUUGGUAGUUUCAUUGACCACAAGUUCGAGGAGCUAGACCUUGAUCGUGAUGGCAAGCUAUCCGUCUCCGAGCUCCAUCCCGCAGUCGCCGACAUCGGUGCUGCCCUUGGCCUCCCGGCUCAGGGUUCCUCACCGGACUCCGAUCACAUCUACUCUGAGGUUUUGAGUGAGUUCACUCAUGGAAAACAAGAGGAAGUGAGCAAAUCAGAGUUCAAAGAGGUGCUUUCCGACAUACUGUUGGGCAUGGCUGCUGGACUGAAUAGGGACCCGAUUGUGAUAUUGAGGAUGGAUGGCGAGGACCUUAAAGAGUUUGUCCGAAGCCCAGGUUUCGAACCAGAAGCUAUUGCCAUAUACUCAUCAAUUGAUUCUGCCAAUGCCCCUCUGAGCAAGUGCCUUUUGAUGGGCCUUCAGCAACUCACUGUCGAGCAUGGAUUGCCACCCAUUUCUGACUCAUGGGUCUCUGGCAAUAUCGUCGAGCCUGCUUUUCAAUCUAUUUCAGGGGAUCAUCUUGAACAGCCUGCUACACAGGAGACCUUCUUGGAAGAAUUUAAAAAGCUUGUGAUCAGUAUCACUCGGCAUCUUGAAGAGCAACUGGUCAUUGUUGCACACAGUGAGAAUACUUUUGAUGGAAAUGGCAUCAAAAGGUUACUUUCCAAUAGCUUUGAGCUGAAUAAGUUGUUAGAUAAUGCAUGGAGAGAUCUGCCUAAAGAUCAGAAUGGAAAAGUAUCGAAAGACUAUCUUCGGAUCGCACUAGAUGGAAUGGCUUCAUCAGCAAAUUUACCUCCUUUUGGGGCUGUUCAGCAGGUUGAUGCUGUUGUGAAUGAGGCAUUUAAAAUGGUGAAUGCAGAUGAUGGCAAGACAGUUGAUGAACAAGAGUUCAAGAAGCUGAUGACUGAAAUUCUGGGGAGCAUCAUGCUGCAAUUACAAGGCAAUGCAGUCUUUGUUUCAUCCAACUCUGUCAUCCAUGAAACAUUGCCAUCUUCAUCUACACUGUUGCCUCCAGUCUCCGGACCAUCUGUAUAACUGAUAAUCUUGUGAUAUAUAUAUAAAUAUAUAUGUGCUUGAUAAUAAUGUGUGUUGGUACAUUAUUAUGAAUAUUAUUAGCUUGUAACCA